UUUUAGAAAGCAGUGAUGGAUGUGUUGUGCAGGGAUUUCAGAUGUCCUUGGCUCUUCUUCUGAAACGCCCACUCUGGAGAACUUCCCCUUAAGUGUUCCUGUGUUAAAGAAAGUUUUUCAGUUCCUCUGGUGGAGCUUUGACACGUCGUUUUUCAGCAACUCAACAACUCCGAUGGCUCUCAGAGACGCGCUUCUUCGUAUCAGCCGCAAAUCCGUGCGCAAUGACGCGUGCUGGCGGAUUGCGCUGCAGAUCCGGACGCUGUACGACUCCGCCGUUCAGGAGGAAACCGGGCUGAAGCACGCGGGCCUGGUGAAGAGCCUACGGGAAAUGCCCGGUCCCAGCGCCAUCGGGAACCUCAUCGAGUUCUUCUACAGAGACGGCUUCAGCCGCAUCCACGAGAUCCAGAUGGAGCACAGUCAGAAGUACGGGAAGAUCUUUAAGUCUCGCUUUGGGCCGCAGCUGGUCGUGUCGAUUGCAGACCGAGACUUGGUGGCUCAGGUGCUCAGGGCUGAAGGCGUAGCACCUCAAAGAGCCAACAUGGAGUCCUGGAAAGAGUACAGAGACAUGAGGGGACACACCACUGGCCUCAUCUCGGCCGAGGCUGAUGAGUGGCUGAAGAUGCGCAGUGUGCUGCGACAGCUCAUCAUGCGUCCACGUGAUGUCGCAGUAUUCUCAGAUGACGUCAAUGAAGUGGUGGCAGACCUGGUGGUGAAAGUGCAAAAACUGCGUAGCCAGCAGCCGGACGGACUUACAGUCGUCAACGUCAACGACCUGUUUUUCAAAUUUGCCAUGGAAGGUGUGGCGACCAUCUUGUACGAGGCCCGUCUGGGCUGCUUGGAAGAUGACAUUCCCAAGAUGAGUCAGGAAUACAUCGAGGCACUCCAUCUCAUGUUUAGCUCCUUCAAGACGUCCAUGUAUGCUGGCGCCAUUCCCAAAUGGCUGCGACCCAUCAUUCCCAAACCGUGGAAGGAGUUUUGUCACUCCUGGGAUGGCCUCUUCAAAUUUAGCCAGAUCCACAUUGACAGAAAGCUGUUAGAGAUCAAGCAGAAGGUGGAGAGGGGAGAGGAGGUGAAAGGAGGUCUGCUUACUCACCUGCUGGUCACCAAGGAGAUGAAUCUGGAGGAGAUCUACGCCAACAUGACUGAAAUGCUCUUGGCUGGAGUGGACACGACCUCUUUCACAUUAUCUUGGAGUACAUACCUCCUGGCCAAGCAUCCCAUGGUGCAACAGCAGAUCUACGAGGAGGUGACUCGUGUACUUAACGGACGAGUCCCAACUGCAGAUGACGUUCCUAACCUGCCGCUCAUUAAGGGCCUCGUCAAGGAGACACUCCGGCUUUAUCCUGUUCUUCCUGGAAAUGGUCGAAUCACUCAGGACAACCUCAUUGUAGGAGGUUAUUUCAUCCCCAAAGGGACUCAAUUGGCUCUUUGUCAUUACUCCACCUCCAUGGAUGAGGAGACGUUUCCCAAAGCGGAAGAGUUCCGUCCCGAUCGCUGGCUCCGUAAAGACACUUUGGAUCGAGUGGACAAUUUCGGCUCCAUUCCCUUCGGCUACGGCAUCAGGAGCUGCAUCGGCAAGAGGAUAGCAGAACUCGAGAUGUACCUGGCUCUCACACAGCUCCUUCAGAAGUUCUGCAUCGAGGUGUCUCCUCUCACAGGCGACAUCCGAGCCAAAACUCACGGCCUGCUGUGUCCCGCAGCUCCCGUCAAUGUCAAGUUUAUCGACCGUUGAUAAACCCUCAUCCCCCCUAUAUAUAUAUAUAUCUAAGCCUGUGUGUUAUUUAGUAAACCCUUUUGAACCAUAACAUGUCUUAUUUAAUCUGAUUUAAAAAGCUUAUUUUGAGCCAUUGCAUAACUUGUCUAUAAAGGCCAUUUCAUUAGGAUUAUUAUUUUUAUCUCAUAACAUUACCCAUAAAAGGAACAACAAAGUUCAUCUAAUCAAGCAACCUCAUGAUAAUGGAGUGUAAAAUGAAACUACAGUACAGCCGAUUGUCGACUAUUUAUAUCCUGUUUCUUUUGCAUUUUGCAGUGCAACUAGCUAAACAGCAGGAUGUAGCAGUGUUACCUGAUUUUACUGCAAUCCACAAAGCAGCAUAUCACUAGAAAUAUGUACAAAUAAACAUAUACAAACCUCUGAUCUCAUUCCUACAUGCUUUUCUAGCACUAGGUAUGUUCACAAGGAUGCGUAUAAUGUAUAAUCAUUAUAGUGUAUAAUCCGAUGCCCGCUGCAAGAAGUUAUAAAGUUUAGUUUUAAAUGUGACAGGAAACAGAACAGUAUUAGAGUUGGAUUAGCGAUGGAUUAACCUCUCGUAUGUUAAAAUGAAUAUCUUGCUUUGUUAAAUUUUAGCAGUAGUUUAUUAAAUACAACCUUUUGUGUAAUUACUAAAUAAUUGACCUGAAUUAAAUGUUUGUAACAUUUUAAGGACUUUGUUAAAGACUAGGAAAUGAGCAGAGCUGUUUGCACUAUGUGCCAAUGUGUUCAUUGAAGUGGGUUAUAUAUAAGUUCAGCUACCUUGUGUAAAUAAAGACCAAUAGUGAUUGUGAA